AUGGACUUGGAUCUGCUUAAGUGCAGCAUCUGUCCCAAACAACCCUCCUUUAGCGAUGUCUCCCACCUGCUCACACACGUCAGUUCUAAAGGUCAUUUGUCCCAUCUACACAAACUUCAGGUUCGAAGCCACCAGGAAUUCGAAGCUGGUAUCCUACUAGCAAACUACAAUCAAUGGUACGAACAGCACGGGCUUGCUCAAUUGCUCUCGGAACGCAUGGUCACGAAACAGGUCAAAAAGGCCGGAAGAAGAAAAGCAGCUAUCGAUCAAGGUGCAUACGUGACAGAGACCGGAACAAGGGUUCGGGCACCUUUAGACCAGCCACCAUUGCAACCUCAACGAAGUGCCAGAGGCCGAGCCCAAGGCCAAAAGAAGACAACACGGGGUCGUCGAAGCAAGCAAACACUUGAGGAUGACAGUGACUUUGAGUACAGUCCAGUCAAACGGCCGAGGUACCGGCCACGACGAUCUCAAAUAGCUUCUCCCGUCAAAGAAUCACCAGACAAUGACGACUACUUCGUAGCUCCUGGGGCACCGCAGUCCUUUACUACCCCCGAGCACAGCAAGCUGAAAGGAACCAUAUGGCCAGGAAUGGAUCUGUUUGAUGCAGCCACCGAAGAGAUGAAGAGAAAGAGGAAUCAGAAGAAAGACGGGUCUGUGGUCAGACGAAUGCAACGGUUGGCAGCGUUGGUUGAGCCAACCGAGGUCGUCUACUCUCCUGGUGGAAACAUCAUGAAGGCAAGACACAUCGACGACCUCGAGGAUGCGAGCAGCGUCAUCCACGGAGAAUCUCCUCUUCCCAAGGUGAAGAAAAGUCAAGCUCGCAAGAGGCGGCCACUUGCGGAGCAAGAUGUCAACGCCCCACGCCUUGUCAAACGCAAGGCCAGGAUUAGUCCUCCAAAGAAACGAGCUCGUCAAGCAUUGGAUCAAAGUAUACCACCACUGCCGUAUCUGCCGAGCUCUUCGACUGGCGAGUCGUACACGAUUGGUUCACGGUUCCUGGCCCCAGAAGAUGACGACGAGGACUUGAAGCCUGUGAUUGAAACCGGAUCACCUAGAAAACGCUCUUCUCACUUCACAAUCUUCGACGACGGAAGCCCGGGCUACGGUCCGAUCACCCCUGUGGAUCAACUCCGUAAUCCUUUCCAUGCUGCACCGCCAUCGUACUUGAACACUGUUCGUCCCCAACUGCCAGCUAUCUCUGCACCAUGGCUUCAGCCACAGCACCAAGCCGCCUUGCAAUACACGAACCUCUAUACAGCCUUCAGACCGGUGUCCCGUGACUCUCAGUUUCUCUACAAUAAUGACACUGGCAAGGAAAAUGCUCCACCAAUGGCUGGACUGCAGUCAGAGUACAGGGGUGUGAACACAAACCCUUUGUCCUGGCGGUCGCCUGUACGAGAUGGUAUGACCUUGGCACAUCAUUCGGAGUCGCCUUUUGGCAGCUUUUUGGGACUCUUCUCAGUUGGACCUCCUCAUGACGAUCCUUUCGUGACGACCAGAAAUCCUUUAGCCGAAGCAUUGGAGCACUUUGAAGAGGAAAUGUCUGACACAGACGUCAAGAUUGCUCCGACCUCACUUCAAAGCUCGAUGGCAGACGAGGACUCCAAGGCACAGCUUCCGACUGUUGGGGCUACCACCCACUGA